CCGAGACUGGGCUGAGACCAACACAAGUGAGGCAUGGCUCCAGCACUCUGAUUCCUGGGCCCCCAGCCAUGCUGCUGAGGGUGAGUGACCCAGCUUGCCAUCGUUCCCCACCCUCAGCGGCAGGACCAAACAUUGCCCAGCAAGGUGUAACUACUACAAGCCUCCAGGAUGGCCAUUCAAUUCCGUUCGCUUUUCCCUUUGGCAUUGCCUGGAAUGCUAGCACUCCUUGGCUGGUGGUGGUUUUUCUCUCGUAAAAAAGAGCACGUCAGCAGCCAUGACAAACAGGUGGAGGCUAGUGCUGUGGAGCUGAGGGCCGGCCCUGCCAUCGAGGAACUGGCCCCUGUGGAAAAUGCCUGUCGUGCAGUAGUGUCCACACCCCCCAGUGUCACACAACCAGCAGAAGAGGAGCUGGCCACUGUGUAUAAACCCCCCACAGAACCCCCGGCCUUGCUGCGGUCACAUCCAGCCUGUCGUAGAUCAGAGUCCUCAGGCAGCCUGUCUAACACCACAGACACGAGAGUUCGACCAGGAACAUGCAGAGAUGAUAGUGCAAGGGUGGAACCAGCCCAGAUGGGUGAUGAAGCCAAGCCUGUUCCUCUAGAGUGUGCCCUUCCAUCCCCAAAGGCUAUUCGGUUCCCCCACGAAGCCACUGAGGUGUGCAGGCACGAGGCAGGGUGGGGCCAGCAAGGCCAGUCUGCAGCUCCCACAGAGAAGCAUGGCCCUGGGGAGAAGGCGAGAGAGAUGGGGGCUGAAGGCACUGGCGACGCAGUGUUGGGAGAAAGUGGGCUAGAAGAAGGUGUGUUGUCCCUGGAGCAUGGCUCUGCAUUACAGAGCAUCAAGGCGCCCAGCAUGACUCCCUUGGGAGGAGGGGGAGAGGAAAGGAAGAGCAGCCCACCUCAGGUGGAGGGGGGCACAGCAGGGAAGUUGAUGACUAGCUUUAAUGAAUUGGCUCAUGUGGAGCAGGCCAAGGAUGAUGAAACAGUGGCACCCUGUGUCCAAGGAGGCCGAGCCUGGGAUGGAAAAUUGAGCAAAGAGGAGUCCUUGGAUAAAAAUGAGGAGAUUGAGCAGGCUGCCUACCAGAUCAUCUCCAAAGUGAUAUUGGAUGCAACUGAAGAAGUGCUGGCCACCACUGUGGGCAAGAUGGCAGGUUGCAUGUAUCAGGCCUCAGCCGGUCAGCUCCAAGGGCAGAAGGAGGAGAGAUGUGCCCCAAUCUGCCAGAACACUGCCCUCAGGCAAGAUGCCUUGGAGCCCACUCAGGCCACAGUGGAGGCAGCCACAGCGAAGGCAGUCUUGGACCCAUUGGAGUCAGCUUUGGACCCGUCGAAGUCAGCCUUGGGCCCGUCGAAUGCUGCCCUCCCCUUGCCAGGCCUGCCAGCAGAGGACCUGCUACCACCACCAAAGACCUAUGUGAGCUGCCUGACCAGCCCUCUGUCCAGCCCCACCAAGGACACAAAGCCAAAGAACUCUGUGCACCACAUCGCCCUGGCCCCCUGCCCACCACCAGCCGCCCCCCUCAGAGAGUCGCUGGACAACACAAGCGUCCUGGUGGAAGAUGCUGGCUGUGUCACCUGCAUGUCUGACAAUAGCCAGGGUGUCCCUUCAGAAUCCUCCUCCGGGCAGUGCUCAGAUUCCGUCAGCACUUCAGGGCUCGAAGACUCUUGUACAGAGAUCAACUCAAGCCCUAGGGACAAUGCUACCACCUCACCACUGCCACAAAGUACUGUGCCCUUCAGCAAUGGGGUGCUGAAGGAGGAGUUGUCAGACUUGGGGACUGAGGAUGGAUGGACCAUGGAUGCGGAAGCAGAUCAUUCGGGAGGCUCGGACGGGAACAGCAUGGAUUCAGUGGACGGCUGCUGUGGGCUCAGGAAAACUGACGGUUUCCAGAAUGCCCAGGGAGGCUCCAAUCCUAAGAAGGUCGACCUCAUCAUCUGGGAGAUUGAGGUGCCAAAGCACUUAGUUGGUCGGCUAAUUGGCAAGCAGGGGCGGUAUGUGAGUUUUCUGAAGCAAACAUCUGGUGCCAAGAUCUACAUCUCCGCCCUGCCUUACACCCAGAAUGUCCAGAUCUGCCAUAUAGAAGGUUCUCAGCAUCAUGUAGACAAGGCACUGAACUUGAUUGGGAAGAAGUUCAAGGAACUGAACCUCACCAAUAUCUACGCUCCCCCACUGCCUUCACUGGCACUGCCUUCUCUUCCAAUGACUUCCUGGCUCAUGCUCCCAGAUGGCAUCACUGUGGAAGUGAUCGUGGUCAACCAGGUCAACGCGGGGCACCUGUUUGUGCAGCAGCACACGCACCCUACCUUCCAUGCACUGCGCAGCCUGGACCAGCAAAUGUACCUCUGCUACUCUCAGCCUGGAAUCCCCACCUUGCCCACCCCGGUGGAAAUAACAGUCAUCUGCGCAGCCCCCGGUGCGGAUGGUGCUUGGUGGCGAGCCCAAGUGGUGGCCUCCUACGAGGAGACAAAUGAAGUUGAGAUUCGCUAUGUGGACUACGGAGGAUAUAAGAGAGUGAAAGUAGACGUGCUCCGGCAAAUCCGGUCUGACUUUGUGACCCUGCCUUUCCAGGGAGCAGAAGUCCUUCUGGAUAGCGUGAUGCCCCUGUCAGACGAUGAGCACUUCUCUCCUGAGGCGGAUGCAGCUGUGAGCGAGAUGACUGGAAACACAGCACUGCUGGCUCAGGUGACAAAUUACAGUCCAACUGGCAUUCCUUUGAUCCAACUGUGGAGCGUGGUAGGAGAUGAAGUGGUGUUGAUAAACCGGUCGCUGGUGGAGCGAGGACUUGCUCAGUGGGUAGACAGCUACUACGCAAGCCUCUGACCCCUGCCACAGCCGCUCGAGUCUUUUUUGCACUGUUGGAAUUGGGCUUGACACUCAAGGCAAAGACUUUACAUCAGAAUAACAAAUGUUGUCUUCCUCAGAAAGUCCUGUUUUUUUGUUUUGUUUGUUUUUUUAAAAUAUUGCAGUCAUGUUGAGAAAGGUAUUUUGUCUCUGAGACAAGGAAGGAGCUGUGGGUUCUUUUUAAAGCCAUAGGAUGGUGUUUAACAAGCCAGUCAGGUUAACCUGGUUCUAAGCUGUUAAAAAAAAAGUGGAAGAAAAACUGUCUCAACCAGUUGUCCCAUUCUCCCCCUCCCGCCCAUUCCUCUCUUCUUCCUUCCCACUCCCCCUCACCCCCAAGCCAAACCGAUGGGAGCAGACAGGCCAAGGGAUGUGUUGCUUGUUUGAGAGGGUUUCUUUUGCUUCAAAAUCUUUCUUCAGGGAGCAGGACAUGAACUGACUAAUUGGUAUUGAUUAUUUGUACAGCUGACAUAAAUGAAUUUAUGAUGUUAACCAGUUUUUAUAAACUUCACCUAGGUGUCUAAGAAGACAGACUUUUUAAUGCAUAUGUAAAUACAAAGCAAUCAGACCUCUCUCUGGCCUUGGUCCGUGGGAGAAGGGAAGUGUUUGUUACCUGGCCAAGCCUGGUUGUGAUUUGUAACCGUUUUCUAUUUGUGCAAACACUGUAAAUACGUGUUUAAAAAUGUAAUAUUUUAUACAAGAUACACUGGAGAACAAAGGGAACUCAAGGUUUUCACUUCCGCAGUCCAGCUGCCCAUCAGCUCCUCCACUGGGGCUCCCGUGGCGCCCCACAUAUUGAACAGGGUGACUGUAUGAUAUAGAUUGUGAUCCGGGAUUUUUUUUUUUCUGUACAAAUUUGUUUAAAAAAAAAAGCAGCUCAUUGAAUUACCUUGCAAUGGUGUGUUUGAUUCUUUUUUAAACUGUUCUCCCGCGUUGUGCAAUUUUAAAAUAAGUAACUUAAGCUUAUAUAAAUCUUGAAUUGUAUACUC